GAGGGGCAGCUUGGUCACUCCGCCACGCCAGGGUUGACGCCGUCGAUUCGUCGUCUCUCUCUCGGUGACCCGUCCCUUGCGUACUCCGCCACCAACCACUUUACUUGCUGCUACUCGCCGCCAGCCAAAAGCAACCGCCCCCGCCCGGCGUCCGCAGCGACGCUUCACCUCGCAUCUGCGCCGUUCCACCCGCCCCGCGAGAAGCUUCCAGAAGGGGGAGGCCCAGGCGGAGUCAUGGCGGAGGAGAAGGAGUCGACGUCGAUCCCUCUCAGCCAGGCGGCGGAGGCCGUCGACCCUGAGGAUCCGGUCAAGUCGCCGCCGCGACCCAGCUCGCCCACCACCUCCACCCGCAAGGCAUGCUGUGCUGUUCUUCAAAGUUGGGUGUCAAGAAAAUUUAUGACUGGAUGUGUAGUUCUUUUCCCUGUUGCAGUUACGUUCUUCAUCACAUGGUGGUUUAUUCAAUUUGUUGAUGGUUUUUUCAGUCCACUAUAUGCAAAAGUUGGAAUCAACAUAUUCGGUCUCGGUUUUUUGACUUCUCUGGUAUUCAUAUUUCUGAUCGGAAUAUUUGUUUCUUCAUGGGUGGGUUCAACCAUCUUCUGGGUGGGAGAAUGGUUUAUAAAGAAAAUGCCAUUUGUAAGGCACAUAUAUUCGGCGUCAAAGCAAGUCAGCACUGCGAUUUCACCAGAUCAAAAUACGACAGCAUUUAAAGAAGUCGCAAUAAUUCGUCAUCCACGUAUUGGUGAAUAUGCAUUUGGAUUCAUAACAUCAACAGUGGUCCUUCAGACUGACAAAGGUGACGAAGAGCUGUGUAGCGUUUAUGUGCCAACAAAUCAUCUAUACAUUGGUGAUAUAUUUCUGGUGAACUCUGAGGAGAUCAUAAGACCUAAUUUAUCCAUUCGAGAAGGAAUUGAAAUAAUUGUCUCAGGAGGAAUGACCAUGCCACAGGUGAUUGCAUCACUAGAGCCCAUGCCGCGGAAAAUCCAGAACAUUCGUCUAAACAUAAUGUCAUGAUGUGUACAAGUCAUCAAUGCAACAAGAUAGGGUGGUUUGGGUGCUUUGGCUGUUGGGUCUGUUUAUCCUAUACUGUUUCUGAUGUGUUAAAUGUGAAGUUUGGAUAGGGGAAUACCUUAUGCUGAUUGCUGAGCCAUCGUAGCAUUCCAAACGCAGGGUGGAAGUAUCGUCUUGAUGCUCUGGGAUGCUGGGAUACUAUCGUAUCACUCCUGUUGUGGUACUCUUUGUGCACUAACUGACGCAUGAGAAGUGUAAAGUAGCGUGCCUGAUUAAAUUCGUUUGUAACAGUACGCUGUAUAAUGCAAAGUUGCCUUCGUGUUACAUUACAAGAAUGCACGACCCUCUGACUUGCUUUCUUCUUUCAGAA